AUGCGCACCACUCUAAAAUAUCAACAUGUUUUUCUAUUCAUGAUUCUAAUCUUCGUCAAACAAUCGACAUUGGGAUGUCGAUGUGUUGAUCACGAUAAUUCGAACCUACCUAAACUACUAACAUCCAUACAAAAUUCGCCUGGUGAUAGAAUGAUGAUAUGUUCAUACCACUACCAUGAUGUACACUAUUUCUGUGUCUACGAUAACAGCAAUGGUCAAUUACUCUAUGAUAACGACCAAGGUCAUUGUUCAACCGCCAUUGGUGAUUGCAACGCAGCCAGUGGAACAAAUGAUUUAGUCCAUGGUUUACCAGAACUCUCUGAAAAAUCUGCUGCAAAUGUUCCAAACGGGUUUCUUGUUCAGCAGGACCAGAUGACAAAUGCUUCGAAUUCUUCGACGACAUCCUCAAUAAGCACUUUGACACCAUGCUACACAUACAUACCGUCCACUUUCACAGUGACCAUUAGUUAUGCAAGUACGCUAUCAACAUUCACUGUAACAACACCCACUACUUUUACCAUAACCACACCGACUACUUUUACUUUUACUACAAUGACGAUAACGACACCCUCAACAUUUACUGUAACAACACCAACUACUUUUACCAUAACUACACUAACUACUUUUACCGUAACUACACCGACUACUUUUACUUUUACUACAAUGACGAUAACCACACCGUCUACAUUUACCGUAACAACACCCUCAACAUUUACUGUAACAACACCGACUACUUUUACUGUAACUACACCAACUACUUUUACUUUUACUACAAUGACGAUAACCACACCGUCUACAUUUACCGUAACAACACCCUCAACAUUUACUGUAACAACACCGACUACUUUUACCGUAACUACACCAUCCACUUUUACUAUAACCGUAAGUUAUCCGUCGCUAUCGCCAUGUAUACCAUACACCCUCUCAACUGACACAACGACUUCAAGCAUGUCAACAACUAUGACCAUGACGCCCACUACUACAUUCCCUGCUUCUACAGCGUCAUUUAGCACUUCCACGAUAUUACCAACUGUGACAACAACGCCUAGUACAUUCACAAUUACAAUGACAUCCACCACUUCCACGAUAUCGUCCACUAUGAUAACGACACCUAGUCCAUUCACAAUUACAAUGACAUCCACCACUUCUGUUAUAACAGUAACAUUGAAUAACUUUACUGUGUUACCUACAACCUCAAUAACCCUCAAUAGUUCCACAAUUACAAUGACACUCAGCACUCCUACCGUGACAAUGACAUCGAAUAAUUCGACGAUGUCACCGACAACCACAGCGACAACUAGUACUGCUACCGGAUCACCUACAACGACAACUAACACUGCUACCAUGUCAUCGACAACCACAGCGACAACUAGUACUGCUACCGGAUCACCUACAACGACAACUAACACUGCUACCAUGUCAUCGACAACCACAGCGACAACUAGUACUGCUACCGAAUCACCUACAACGACAACUAACACUGCUACCGUGUCAUCGACGCAGACGCUGACAUCAAGCACAUCAACAACUACACAGACGACAACCUCAACUCUUUCUGUGACCACCCAAACUACAGGUAAUUCAGCGAACAGUUUUUCUUCAGCUCAUCUCAUUUCCAAUUCAUUAGGAUCAUCGAGUAGCACACAAACAUCAACGAGCUCAACAAGUAGUNAAAUUGUAAUCUGA